AUGCCGACCACUUCUGAAAGGUCAGCAGCAAUGAUACGAAAUGUAAGGAGGGGUCAUUUCACAGAAGUAAACACGCGAUUGUCUACACUAAUUCGUUGGCAACAAUACAAGGGAGUCAUAAAACGCGAAUGCAGUAAACCGAAGUCCGCUAAAAGCCGCCGGGGCGGGGUCGAUACGCCCAGCGUUUUACCAUGGACAUGCGAUGUGCCAGCGUCUUUAUUAACGCCUGCUGACUUAUGGACGCCUAGUACUCCUAGGCGUAUCGCUAGUGUGAAUUAA